AUGUUUUACAACUCUGUGGAAGACAUUGAGCGUCUUCUUCUGCAAUCAUCUGAUGAAGAAAAUUAUGCAGAUUUCUCUGACAGUGAUGAGGAAGCAGAAAUAAUUGAAACUGCAGAUCAUUCCAGCGAAUCUGAGCAGUCAUGUGUUGACUGGGAUGAAGUGAAAGGAAUGCCACAUGAUGGCUGCCAUUUUUAUGUUGGUAAAGACCAAGAAACUUUGUGGAUAAAUAAUGCAUUAGCACUAACAGGGAAACCAAAACGAGAAUAUAAUCAACCUGGCCCAAAAUGCAAUGGUAGAGAAGCUAAAACUGAAACUGAAAGUUUUCUCAAAUUGUUUGAUUCUGAGAUAAUUGAUUAUGUCAUUGCAAACACAAACAAGUACAUAAAUAACAAGAGAUCAUCUGUGAAUUACUCAAGGGCUAGAGUUUGCGAAAAAGAACAAGAAGGAAAUUACUCCGUAAUAUUUCAAGAUGAAAUAACGGCUCUUUUAGGAGCACUGUUUCUCAUUGCUGUACAAAAAGGGGGACGCACAAAUAUAUUAGAACUGUGGGCAUCAAGUGGAACAGGAUUGAUUAUUCUAAGGGCAGCAUUUAGCUACAAGCACUUUCUGUUCUUGCUCCGGUCACUCAAGUUUGAUGAUACUUCUACAAGAAAAGAACAACUAGUAACUGCCAUUGGCAAUCUCCACUCAGCAUUUCUGAUCAACUGCAUAAAUAACUAUAGUCCCGGGGAGUUCACAACCAUAGACAAAAUGCUUGACCCAUUUCACGGACGUUGUGGUUUUGUUCAGUACAUGCCCAAUAAGCCCGUUAUGUAUGGAUUGAAGUUGUAUGCAUUGUGUGAUAGCAAGACAUUUUAUACUUUUAAUUUUGAAGUAUACUGCAGCAGACAGAAUCCUGGACCAUAUUUUGCACCUAACCAGCCAAUGGAUAUUGUGAAGAGAUUGGUUGAGCCAAUCAAGGGAACUCACAGGAAUGUAACUACGGACAACUACUACAGUAGUUACCCUGCAGCCUUGCAUCUCUUAGAAAAUGGGCUAACAUUUAUUGGAACAUUGAAAAAGAACAAGAAGGAAAUUACUCCGGAAUGUUUGCCCAACAGAUCGCGAGAAAUUGGAAAUUGUCUUUUCGGAUUUCAAGAUGACAACUGUCUUGUUUCGUGCCAAACAAAAAGGAACAAGGCUGUGCUUUUCCCAUCGUCAAUGCAUGGAACUGCUGAAAUCGACACCGCUACAGGCAAGUCUGUUGUAAAUUUGGACUACAACACAACAAAAGGUGGAGUCGAUACUGUUGAUUAUAUGUGUACAUCCUACUCUACACAAAGGACCACAAGAAGAUGGUCCUUAGCAUUGUUUUUUCGUUAUCUGGAUAUUGCUGGGAUAAAUUCCCAGGUCUUGUUUUUUGCAAGCAAUCCAGAGAAAAGAACCUACUUAACAAACCUGGCCUUGGCUCUGAUGGACUGCCAUUUGAAAGAAAGGGCUCAGCUCUCUACUCUACCACGAGAUAUUCAAGGAUAUCUGUCACCUAAUCAACCAAUUCCCGCAAAUCACGAUGAGACUGUGAGAAGGUGUGGGAGGUGCCAUCUUUGUAGUGGUAAAAAAAAAAUAAAACUACUGUCACUUGUAAUAGCUGCAAAAGAUUCAUUUGCAAGCAACAUUGCCACAAUGUUGUUACAUGUAAUGAUUGCAGAGCUUCUCCGGAAGAAGAAAGUGUGUCAUUCUUGA